AUGGGGAGAAUUUUAUUAAAGAUGAUGCAGCUGUUAUUUGUUGGUAUGAUGUUUGCAUUGGAGGUGGAGGGAAUUAAGGGUAAUGGAUGGCUGAAUGGCCAUGCUACUUAUUAUGGGGCUUCACAAAACCCUACAACCCUUGGUGGUGCAUGUGGGUAUGAUAACACGGCGCACGCCGGCUUCGGAGUGAACACGGCGGCGGUGAGCGGCGUACUGUUCGGAGGCGGUGAAGCGUGCGGAGCGUGCUUCCAAGUCACGUGCGACGCCAGAGCUGAUCCAAAGUGGUGUAUCGCACGUGCGGCCGUCACCGUCACGGUGACCAACUUCUGUCCUGCUAACAAUAACGGCGGAUGGUGUGACUUCCCGCGCGUGCACUUCGACAUGUCCCUUCCCGCCUUCUCUCGUGUCGCACGUGUGGGCUCUGAGGGCAUUGUUCCCAUUCUUUAUAGAAGGGUGUCAUGCAAAAGAGUUGGUGGAGUAAGGUUCACACUAAAAGGCCAAGGUAACUUCAACCUAGUAAUGUUUACAAACAUUGGAGGCAGUGGUGCAGUGAAAGCAGCAUGGAUCAAGGCUUCAUCUUCUUCAUGGGCAUCCAUGCAAAGAAAUUGGGGUGCAAAUUGGCAAACCAGUGCUGAUUUCCGAAAUCAAGCUCUCUCCUUCAAACUCUUGCUUACCGAUGGAAAAACCCUAGAGUUCCCUUAUGUUGUUCCUCCAACUUGGAUUUUUGGCCAAACUUUUAUUUCUCGUCGGCAAUUCUCUAAUUGA